AUGCGCGGCGGCGCCCUGCUGCUGCUGCUGCUGGUGGUGCUGCCGCGGAGGCUGCGCGCCCGGCGCCCCCGCGCGCCCCCGGCCGGCCCCCGCGUGCGCCCCGGCGAGCGCGCGCUGCUCCUGCACCUGCCGGCCUUCGGGCGCGACCUGUACCUGCAGCUGCGCCGCGACCUGCGCUUCCUGUCCCGCGGCUUCCAGGUGGAGGAGGCGGGCGCGGGGGGCCGCCGCGGGCGCCCGACCGCGCUGUGCUUCUACUCGGGCCGCGUGCUCGGCCACCCCGGCUCGCUGGUCUCGCUCAGCGCCUGCGGCGCCGCCGGCGGCCUGGUGGGCCUCAUCCAGCUGGGGCAGGAGCAGGUGCUCAUCCAGCCCCUCAACGGCUCCCGGGGCUCCCCCCACAGCGGCGAGCAUCUGAUCCGACGCCGAUGGUCCUGGCUGUCCAGCCCGUCCGCCGAGGCCGGGGCAUCCGGGCGGCUCUGCCAGGUGCUCACAGAGGAGCCGGGCCGGGCCGGGCCCCCGCAGGACGGGCGGGAGCGCAGGAACGCCAUCCGACUGCCCAGCGAGCGCGCCGUGGAGACGCUGGUGGUGGCCGACGCCGACAUGGUGCGCUACCACGGCGCCGAGGCCGCCCAGCGCUUCCUGCUCACCGUCAUGAACAUGGUUUACAACAUGUUCCAGCACCAGAGCCUCGGGGUCAGGGUCAGCAUCCGUGUCACCAAGCUUGUCCUGCUGCAGGAGCGCCCCGCCAGGCUGUCCAUCGGGCACCACGGGGAGCGGUCGCUGGACAGCUUCUGCCAGUGGCAGAACGAGGAGUACGGGCGCGCCCGCUACCUGGGCACCAACCAGGUUCCCGGGGGCAGGGACGACGCGCCCCCCGUGGACUCGGCCGUGUUCGUGACCAGGACUGAUUUCUGCGUCCACAAGGACGAGCCCUGUGACACCGUGGGCAUCGCCUACCUGGGAGGGGCGUGCAGCGCCAAGCGGAAGUGUGUGCUGGCCGAGGACAACGGGCUCAACCUGGCCUUCACCAUCGCCCACGAGCUGGGACACAACCUGGGCAUGAAUCACGAUGAUGACCACGCAUCCUGCGCCGGCCGGUCCCACAUCAUGUCGGGAGAGUGGGUGAAAGGGCGGAGCCCCAGCGACCUGUCCUGGUCGCCCUGCAGCCGAGAGGACCUCGAGAACUUCCUCAAGUCGAAAACCAGCACCUGCCUGCUGGUGACGGACCCCAGGAGCCAGCACGCGCUGCACCUGCCCUCCAAGCUCCCGGGCAUGCACUACAGUGCCAACGAGCAGUGCCAGAUCCUGUUUGGCACCAACGCCACCUUCUGCAAGAACAUGGAGCAGCAUUUGAUGUGUGCGGGGCUGUGGUGUCUGGUGGAAGGGGACACCUCCUGCAAGACCAAGCUGGACCCUCCGCUGGACGGCACAGAGUGUGGGGCAGACAAGUGGUGCCGCGCAGGCGCGUGUGUGAGCAAGGCGCCCAUCCCCGACCACGUGGACGGAGACUGGAGCCCGUGGGGUGCCUGGAGCAUGUGCAGCCGCACGUGUGGCACGGGCGCACGCUUCCGGCAGAGGAAAUGCGACAACCCCCCCCCGGGGCCCCGAGGCCUGCCCUGCCGGGGCGCCAGCGUGCAGCACGGGGUCUGCGAGCGCCCACCCUGCCCGCCCGGCCUGCCCAGCUUCCGGGACCAGCAGUGCCAGACGCAGGACCGGCUGAGCGGCAGCACCGAGAGCCUGCUGACCGCUGUGGUGGUGGACGAGAAGCCCUGCGCACUCUACUGCUCUCCGCUGGGCAAGGAGGCGCCUGUGCUGAUGGCCGAGCGCGUCCUGGACGGGACACCGUGCGGCCCCUACGAGACCGACCUCUGCGUGCACGGCCGCUGCCAGAAAAUCGGCUGUGACGGCAUCAUCGGGUCUGCGGCCAAGGAGGACCGGUGUGGGGUGUGUGACGGGGACGGCGGGCUCUGCCGCGUGGUCAAGGGCCAUUUUCGACACCCUCGGGGCACAGGUUACAUCGAGGCCGCCGUCAUCCCUGCAGGCGCCCGGAGAAUCCGCGUGGUGGAGGACAAGCCCGCCCACAGCUUUCUGGCUCUCAGGGACUCCAGUAAGAGAUCCAUCAACAGCGACUGGAAGAUCGCGCUGCCCGGCGAGUUCCAGAUCGCGGGCACCACCGUCCGCUACGUCAGGAGGGGCCUGUGGGAGAAGAUCUCUGCCAAGGGGCCCACCGAGACGCCGCUGCACUUGAUGGUGCUGUUGUUCCACGAUCAGAAUUACGGGAUCCACUACGAAUACACCAUCCCAGUCAACUCCACGGCUGACCACCCUCAGGGCGGGCCCGAGAAGCCCCCGGACUCCUUGUUCCUCUGGACGCACAGCGGCUGGGGAGGCUGCAGCGUGCAGUGCGGCGGGGGGGAGCGCAGAACCAUCGUGUCCUGCAUGCGCGUGGUGAACAAGACCACGACGCCCGCCAAUGACAGCGACUGUCCCCAGGCAACCCGGCCCGAGCCCCAGGUCCGGAGGUGCAAUGCUCACCCUUGCCAGUCCCGGUGGGCAGCAGGCCCGUGGAGCCCCUGCUCACCGCCCUGUGAGAAGGGCACCCAGCACCGCCAGGUGACCUGCGUGUACCAGCUACAGAAUGGGACCCACGUUCCCACCCGGCCACUCUACUGCCAGGGCCCCCGGCCGGCCGCCGUGCAGAGCUGCGAGGGCCAGGACUGCCUGUCCGUCUGGGAGGCCUCGGAGUGGUCGCAGUGUUCCAGCCGCUGCGGCACGGGCACCCAGAGGCGGACGGUGACCUGCGCCAACUCACAGGGCAGGUGUGACCCUGCCGCGCGGCCGCAGGCCGAGGAGGCAUGCGAGGACCACUCCGGCUGCUACGAGUGGAAAACUGGGGACUGGGCCAGGUGCUCGUCCAGCUGCGGGAAGGGGCUGCAGUCCCGCGUGGUCCAGUGCAUGCACCGGGUCACCGGCCGCCACGGCAGCGAGUGCCCUGCGCUGUCCAAGCCCGUGGCCUACCGGCAGUGCCAGCAGGACGCCUGCCCGCACAAGGCCAGCGGCAACACCAUCACCUCCCCGCGCUUGGCCGCCCUGACCUACAAGUGUGCCCGAGACCAGUGGACGGUUUACUGCCGGGUCAUCCGCGAGAAGGGGCUGUGCCAGGACAUGCGGUGGUACCAGCGCUGCUGCCAGACCUGCCGGGACUUCUACGCCACCCAGCUGCCCCCGCCCCGCGCCUGACCCCGCCCUGCGCCCGGGACCCGCACCACCCGCCUCCCUGAGCACACGGCCCCCCGCCCCCACCAGCCUUCCCCCAUCACCUAGAAGGGGAUGUGGCUUCCAGCCUGAAGCCAAGCGAGGGCCGCAGACCCUGGCCACCGCCCCGAGUCCAUCCGUGACCUUCCGUGGGUGGCCAGGAGCGGGGGACACCGGUGCAGGGCUCCGUGGGGACCCUCGGAUUCUGGUGCUGUGUGUCCCGUGGCGGGAAUUGGGCCCCCCACCAAGGAGACGCGAGCGUUCGAGAAGGGUUUGUUCUGAGAGCCGGGACGGCCUCUGCCCCCUCUCUGACAGCUGGCAUCCAUGGCCACGUGGGGAGAAUGUUCCAGAAGGGCUGGGGCCGGCCGCCUCUGCCGCCCUCCCCUCAGGAGCCGAAUGGGAGGGUUCUGGUGCUCUGUGCCCCGGUGCUAGACCCGGUGUCGGCUGACCCCCGGCCAGAGGGUGCUGAGGGGCCUGUGUCCGGUGCGGGCAGGUCCCCCCACCUCCAGAGCUCUCGGCCAACCGGACUCAAGAAGCUGUCCGCGCUGGGAGCUGGGCGGUUCUUAGGGCUCAGCGUGCGGGGGGCAGCCCGGGGCCCCCACUGCCCGGGCUCACGGCCAGUCACUGUCCACCUCCUCAUGGAGGGACUCAGAACCCUACUUCAGGGAGGGCCUCUGCGUGGCCGGAGGGCCCCUGUGGAGGGGCUGGGGUGGGGGUCGAUGGUGCUAGGUCGACUGUGAGAAGGCCCCCACCCCACCCCCCACGGUCCUGGUGCUAAUAGUGUGUGUGUGUGUGUGUGUGUGUGUGUGCGCUUGUGUAUGCGCGCGCAUGUGUGUGCGCGUGCUGGGGGGCGGCAGGAAAGGGGGCAGGGGCCACGUUCCACCUCCUCGGUGCUGAGUCCAUCUCCUGGGCAGCUUCCGCUUUGACAGGCCUGCGGGCAGAGUGAAGAAGCCACAUGCCCACCUCCCCCAAACCUUUCGGUGCUUCGAGGCUAGGACAGGGCCCCCCUCCUGGCCAGGCCACCUGCACCUCCCCCCAGCAUGGCAGAAGGCGCGCGGGGGCCGGGCAGCCGCAUGUCCUGGUGCCCCCAACGUCCCCACCCAGCUGUGCCACAAGACACCCCGAGCCUGGUGGGGGGGGGCGGGCGGGAGGUGCUCCACCUCCCUUUGGUGCUCUCUCUGCUGCCUGACUCACCAGCCCAUCCCCCGAGCAGGUCAGGUCGGACUUGGUGGCCCCGAUGCCCACGCUGGCCUCGUGGCAAAUACUGACCCUCUGGGUUGGCCCAGAAGCUCCACCCCCACCCCACCCCCACCCCCCACCCCAUCAGCUCCAGCCCUGUCCCCUUGGGGAUGCGUCCCUGAGCCGGACGCUCUCAUGGUGCUAUUUCAUUGGUGCGACUCUGGGGAGAGACGGCAAAGGCCCCCGACCCCUCCGGCGCUGCUGUUGGCCCUUGGAGCACUGUACUCACCCCCCACCCGUUAGCUCGCCUCGCCCACUGUUCCACGGUGUUUCCCAAUCUGCUUUAGUCGGUGACGGUUUGGGAAGACAAGGGAAAGACAGGACAGCCCCCAGCCCUUGCUGGGCACCCCCUCUGGAGACGGGAACCGCCUGAUUCCGUUGGAAGCGCGUUUGAAGUGUUGA